UUUCGUAAGUCAAAUCGUCGAUUGUAUCUUUGAUUUCAAAUUUUCCGCGUCAAUUAUCGUUGACAUAUGUGACAGUUGACUUUUGUCAACUGUCCUAACCUAAAAAAUGUUUCGUCGCACAAAACAAACAUGAAUUCAGUGAGUUACAUUAAGUUUAUAGUUGAAAGCAAACCGCUGAGUGAAGGAACUAAAAUCAAGUUGAAAAAAGUGGGCCCCCAUCGUCCGGGUUUCAAUCUCGUAAACACGACACAAGCAUUUAACACAGAAUUUUACAAAUUGUCAAAGUGGUUGUGCGGUUGUCCCGACAGAAAAGCCCUUUUUUGCUACAUUUGUUUAGUGACGGAUAAAACCCGUUCGGGGCCUUGGAUCGACGGCGUUAGUGUUGGUAUUGCAAACUUUGAAGAGUUAAAAAUACAAGUCGAGAAGCACCAACGUAGUAAAAAACACAUGGAAAAUAGUCUGGGUUACGCUUUAAUUGGAAGUAAUAUCAAAGACAGAAGCAAGGAGUGGGCAGCUAUGGUUAUAAAUCACAAUGAGAGAGUCCAUGAACAUCGCUACAUUUUAAACAAACUAAUCAAUUGUGUUAAAGAUGAAAUUGACACAAAUUUUAAAACAAAAAUGGAAAGAAUUAUAAGUGAAAGUUCUUUUUAUGUAGCUUCUAAAGAAACAAUAUGUGAUGAGUUGUUGGAGUCGGUUUAUAGGGUUUGUGUGGAUCUCAUCCACAAGGAAAUUCAACAAACUGAUUAUGUGUCAGUGGAAUUCAAUGAAGCUACAAAUUCAGGUUCUUUGGACUUAGUUUUUAUAAUUAGAUACGAACUAAGUGGCCAAAUAUUUGAACGUUUUUUGAAAUUUGUAAAAAAACCAGAAGAGCUCUCCAGUGUUAUUUUACAAGAACUUGAAAACUUGGACAUUGAUGACACACCUAACAAAUUAAUUUCGUACAGUCACGACGGUUUAAGCCUGACCUGCGCACACAGAAUUGAGCACGAAAAAAUAACAACUCAGUACGCAUGUGCAAAGUUCAUUCACAGCUAUUCUCACAAGCUUGAUUUGAUUAUUCAGAGAGCAGCUUCCACUUUCAAAGAAGUGAAAAUUUUCUUUGCCAAUUUAGCAACUUUUGCGAAAUUUUUUUCACACCAGAAAUACAUAGCGCAGCUUGAUAAAGCCGCAGAGAAGCGACAUCUAAGAGGGACUAAAAUAAAAUGGAACUUUGAUACACAAACUGUGUUCAUAGUUUCCUUACACAAAGAUAGUAUAAAUGAAUGUCUUAAUAAUAUUAUUCAAGUGGAAACGGAACGCCCAAUCGUCGCCAAAGCUGUAGCUUUGAGCAGUUUGUUGAGUGAUUCAAAUUUCAUUUUUUGGUUGGAUUUUUUCAAUAAAGUAUUUCCUAAUUGUGAUAGGUUGUUUAACCAAUUGUUGUAUCAUGAAGGGUUUAGUGGGAUGAAAGUACUUCAGUAUCUGGAUAUUUUUAAAGGCCAUAUGAAGUCUGUGGAAUGUAGUAUUGAUCUUAAAAAUCAAGUUGGUGAUAAUUCACCUACACCAACUAAGCGACAACGUACAGAAAAUGUCGCUAUUAAAGAAGAAAUCACGAUUGAUGAAAUAGAUCUAACGCGAGUAAAACAAGAAACCACUGACGAAAUAAUUACGACACAAUUAGUUAAUUGUGAGAAAAAGCGCACCGAAAUGGCUAAAUCAAUUUGUAGCAUAAUUAUCAACUGUGUUGAAGAUCGCUUCAGUAAUAUUGGCCACCUUUCAUUGGCCGCUCUCGUCCAAAGUAGUUUUUUCGCAAAAUAUGAAGUAUUUUUUCCUAAAUCUGAAGUCGCAGAAAUUACAACCCUCCACAAAUUGUCCAUAGAAACUUUAAAAAACGAACUUCUAACCAUAUACAACCGAACCGAAUUAUCAAAAAUUGAAGGUGCAAUAAUCCUGUUGCAAUACAUGUAUAAAAAUAAACUGACUAAUGCGUUCCCUGAAACGUUCAAACUGUUGAAAAUUAUUUGUACCAUGCCUAUGAUCACUUGUGAACCUGAUCGGUGUUUUACGACUUUGGCGAAAGUGAAGGAUGCGUUUAAAAAAGCGCGGGAAUGUCGGAGCACGGAUGCUUUUGUGAUGUGUUCGCUGGAGAAAGAGCUUAUGUUGCGUACGCCGAAUUUCAACGAUUUGGUAAUAAGGGAUUUUUGUCAGAGGAAUAACAGAAAUUGCGAUUUUGAAUAUAAAUGAGUUUGUUGAUGUUUGAUUGUCGGCUUUAAAGUGGAUCAAAAAUAAUUGUGGUCUGUAGUGGCCACUGGAGGAAUUAAGUCGAGGGUUUUGUCGUUGAGGGAGAAAUGAAGUUUAUUUGAAGGUUAUCGGUCGUGAAGAUGCAGAAAGUUAUGGAAUAUUUUAUUUUUUUGUUAUUUUGUUUGAUUUUUCUAUGUAC